CUAUUGCGGGUCAACAUGACAUCCCGCCCCCCCAGCUUGUCAGGUUCUACCCAAUGGCGGUAGGGGAGCUUCUCCGGAAGUGGCGGUGUCAGGUGGGUAGGAAGGCGGAAGUGAGAGUGAGCUGCCUGCGGAUAACCCGGGAUGGAGCGGUGACCGGUGCCCAUGGAAGGGGCGGGGCCUGGAGACACCGGGAACGGAGACGGGGAGCCGGUGGUGGUUUGCACCAUGGAGAACAAGCCCAUAGUCACGUGGGCAGGAGACCAGAAUGUAUUCUAUGCAGUUUUCCCCAUCCUGACGCAGCAGCUGCCCCGGGAGCCAAUGGAAUGGAGAAGGGCUUAUGGUCGUGCCCCAAAGAUGAUUCACUUGGAGUCUCACUUUGUACAAUUUAAGGAAGAACUUCUCCCGAAAGAGGGCAACAAGGCCUUGCUCACCUUCCCCUUCCUCCACAUCUACUGGACAGACUGCUGUGACACGGAAGUCUAUAAAGCCGCCACGAAAGAUGACAUCACCAAAUGGCAGAACGCCCUGCGCGCUCACAGCACCACCGAUUGGCUGAUUGUGGUGGUGGAAAGCGAAGCAAAGAAAAAGAAUAAAACCAACAUUCUUCCCCGGACAUCCAUUGCCGACAAGAUCCGCAGCGACUUCUGUAACAAGCAGAGCGAUAGGUGCAUGGUGCUGGUGGACCCGUUGAAGGACACGUCUCGCUCCCAGGAGUCCUGGUCUCUGUUUUUAGCCAAACUGCGCACUCUGCUCCUCACGUCCUUCACCCGAAACCUGGGCCACUUUGAAGAUGAGAUGAGGACUCUGAGAGAGAAGAGAACCGAGCCGGGCUGGAGCUUCUGCGACUACUUCAUGGUCCAGGAGGAGCUGGCGUUUGUGUUUGAGAUGCUGCAGCAGUUUGAGGAUGCUUUGGUUCAGUACGAUGAGCUGGACGCCCUCUUUUCCCAGUAUGUACUUAACUUCGGUGCUGGAGACGGGGCCAAUUGGCUGAGCUCAUUUUGCCAGCCAGUGAGGAGUUGGGACGGCCUGGCCCUGCGCAAACCCAUCGACAUGGAGAAGCGAGACCUGAUCCAGAGGCGCCAGGCCAACCUCCUGGAACUGCGCAGUUACCUCUUCUCCCGCCAGUGCACCCUGCUGCUCUUCCUGCAGCGCCCGUGGGAAGUGGCCAAUCGAGCGCUGGAGUUACUGCACAACUGUGUUCAGGAGCUGAAACUGCUGGAAGUGUCCGUUCCUCCCGGGGCGCUGGACUGCUGGGUGUUCCUGAGCUGCCUGGAGGUGCUGCAGAGAAUUGAGGGGUGCUGUGAGCGUGCUCAGAUAGAGGCCAACGUGUGCCACACCGUGGGCUUGUGGAGUUACGCCACCGAGAAGCUCCAGUCCCUCGGGUCGCUGUGUGGGUUGGUAUGUGAGAAGGGCCCCUGCUCUGAAGAUCUUCAACGGACGGUGGACUUGUUGGCCGGACUUGGAGCAGAGAGGGCGGAGACAGCCAACACGGCCCAUAGCCCCUAUAAGAAGCUGCAGGAGGCGCUGUCCUCUGAGGAAGCCUUUGAGAAGCACUAUCUGGAGCUGUGCCACGCAACCAUAGAGAUGUACAACAGCAUCGGGAGAAGUCGCUCUGCCAAGCUGGUUGGCAAGGACCUGGCCGACUUCUACAUGAAGAAGAGCUGCCCGCAGAAAGCUGAGCCGUUCCUACAGAGCGCCCUGAGCAUGUACCAGUCUGAGGGCUGGGAACUGCCCCUCACCCACACUCGCAAGCAGCUGGCCGAGUGUCAGAGGCAACUUGGGCAAACUGAGCCAUACCUCAGGACUUGCAGUCUGCUGGCGGCUGAUGUGAAUCUCUCUCAGGAAGAGCGACAGCUUUUCUGCCAAGAAAUUCUCAAGUUCGCAGCGAAGAACAGCGGCAGCACAGAGUCGCUGGUCUGCCUCCCCCUGGGCUCGUUCGCACAGCUCACCUCUCUCAGCUUCGAGCCCCCCAAUGCGGUGGUGCACGUGGGGGGGUCCCUGACCAUGGAACUGACCCUGCUCAGCCUGAUGCCGGAGCCGCUGCAGCUCGACCACAUCUCCGGCCACUUCCACUACAACCUGGACAGGAACAGCUACCGGAAGACGGCCGAGUGGCUAACCAGGCACAAACCGGCCAGCGGAACCAUCUUCUUCCAGGCGGAGGGGCCUCUAGGGGCCAGAGGGACGUCGCCGACUCCAGAACUCUCCGAGAUGCAUGAGAAGAGCCCAUCAGAGGGCGGGCUAGUAAGCGCGGGGGUCAUCUGUCGGAAUGUGCACGUGCUGCUCCGCCCCCCAGACUCCCAGUCAUCAUCAUCGCUGGACAGACAGACCAGCGUCACUGUGAAGGAGGGGGCCAACACCCUGAAGUGCCACAAUGUCACCCUGCAACCUGGCCUCAACCACCUGACCUUUCAUACCCAGGCACAAGAGUCGGGCACCUACACCCUGCGCCAGUUGGUGGCAUCUAUCGGAGAGGUGCAACUGAAGCUGCCCCAUAUUUACCCCAUUGUGCAGUACGAUGUAUAUACCCAGGACCCUCAGUUGAAGGUGGAGCCCCAGAGCGAAUGCCUCCUGGCCGGGAUCCCACAGAGCGUCAAGUUCACAGUCACCACCGGGCAUUACACUAUAAAGACUGGCGACACCCUGCAGCUGAGCAACACCGAGAGUAUGCCCAUCCUACUGGGCGCGGGCACCACUGCCGCCAUCUACAGGAACAGCCAGGGGGAAGCGAGUGAGAGGUCGCUCAGCAUUCAGCGGUCGGAGAAGGUAACGAGUAUCUGCCUGCCCCCCACGCCCCCCUAUCACAUCCUGGAGUUCGAGCUGGACGUGGUGUGUCUGCUGCCAGAAGCCGGGCACCUGCUGAAUGGAGAGUUGCCCCGCAGGGGGCGGGACCAGCCGGACGCACUCAGCAGCAACACUACAGAACAGCGGGUUACGGUCGACUGCCCCUGGUCCAUCUACUCCACCAUCAUCAGUCUGUCCUUCCAGCUGCCCCUGAGGGCUCAGCACACCCUGCUCUCCUCUGGCACCCGGAAAUACAUUCAGGUUUGUGUGGAGAACACGUGUGAGUUCCAGUUCCAGCUGUCGGAGAGCAGUCUCAGCUCCACCCGCGACUUGAAGUUCCGCCCCCUGCACCGAGCGGGUUCCCAGGAUCUCCAGAGCCAGCAGUGCCUGUUCUUCAUCUGGGAAGUCACGUGGUGCCCGGAUCUGCCCCCAUCUCUCCCCUGUCACUUCUCUGUCAGCUUCUACCCCGUGCCCUCACCCAACCCCUGCGGCCACCUACAGCCCUUCACCUACCUCUUCCACUUGGAGCACUUUUAUACCCUGUACACGGUGCGCGCGGAGAUCUCGCCGCCCCCAGACGCUCAGUUCUGUAAGACGGGCGCUCUCUGCUCGCUGGAAGUCUGUAUCACGCGCCUGUGCGACUCUCUCGAGAACGACAAGGAGGAGACGCUCACCGACUGUAACGGAUACAGCAGCGCUCAGCUCUUCUAUCAGGUUGCAGACGGGGGCAGUAACUGGGCAGUUUGUGGGCGCAGCUCGGGGGUAGUGAUGAUGCCAGUGAAGGAGGGCGCGUGCCACACGUUACAUAUGGAGGUGAUGCCCCUGUUUGCGGGUUUCCUGCCCUACCCCGACGUGCGGCUCUUCCGCUACCUGCCUCACCACUCGCACUCCCAGCAACUGGAUGCAGACAGCUGGAUAGAGAACGACUCGGUGUCGGUGGAGGAUCCGUGUGAGUUGGGCAGCGGCCGGGCACAGAGCAGAGGCCUUAUCUCUCCGGGGGCCACGGGCGCCAGUGUGGAACACAAGGGACUCCCAAUGCCACGGCUGCAGCCCUUUCACCCGGGGCAGAUCAGUAACGGCAGUUUAGGCCGGCAGAUCCUCGUUGUACCCAGCACAGACGACCAUGUGCUGGAAGUGAACGUCACAUGACCCUGCGCCCCUCGGGGCGGAGCCAAACCUGUAUUAUGUAUGUAUAGUUGGGGGCGGGGCUUGGACACAGAGGGCGAGGGGACGGGUGAUGACACAUGGUCCCGACGGAGAUCAUAGACUCUGCUCUGCAUGUGCUCCUGAUUGGGCAGGUGAUGAGUGGGAGGCGGGGUCAAUCUGUAGCUCGUUAAGGAGCAUAUUAUCCAUGGACUCAUACAUAGCAGACUUACAGGCGGGAUUCCCAAUGGAAAAAACUGGAAUUAUGUGCCGGGUGGGGGAGGGAGGUGGUGCCGGGAGCAUCUUGCUUCUUUCUGCCCCUACCCCCUUCUGCCAUCUUCUUAUUGGCUCUGUGACUGGACUAACUGGCCUGUAUUUCCUUGCCUCCAUCUGCCAAUGGCCUCCCUUCCACUCUCUCUCUGCCCCCACUGGUGUUUCCCCCCUCCCACAGCUGCCCUGUGAAAUUGCCCUGUGGCACCUUAGUGCUGUAGCACCUCAUGGUGCCCGUAUGAAGGGCCACAGUGUUAGAUAAGUGCCCUGGGCAACAUUUGGUGCUCCCUCCAUUGCUGUUCCGGCUGAGGUGCCAGGGGCAAUACUGGGAGUUGCACGGAGGCAGCAGGAGCACCACAUGGUGCCACUCGGGUUUUGGGCGGUCCCACUGCGACCCAAAGUAUUUCAGUAUUGGAUGUUUACAGAGACUUAUAUACAGGGACAAGGAGCUUCUCUGCUUAUAGUGCCAGGGUGGGGGGCACUUCUGCCAGCGUUACAAUUCCGGGGAAGGGGGUGGUGAAUGGGGAGGUUCUGCAGUGGGAAAGCAAUGGAAGCUCCGCAGAUGCUCCUCCUGGGGGUGAGAAAUAGGUACAAAGCUCAAUAAAAAAAGCUCUGCAGACCUGGGUUUCAAUGGGCAGAGGCUCUGCAGACCCGGGAGACCAGUGGGAAGAAGCUCUGCAGACCCGGGAGACCAGUGGGAAGAAGCUCUGCAGACCCGGGAGACCAGUGGGAAGAAGCUCUGCAGACCCGGGAGACCAGUGGGAAGAAGCUCUGCAGACCCGGGAGACCAGUGGGAAGAAGCUCUGCAGACCCGGGAGACCAAUGGGCAGAAGCUCUGCAGACCCGGGAGACCAGUUGGAAGAAGCUCUGCAGACCCGGGAGACCAGUGGGCAGAAGCUCUGCAGACCCGGGAGACCAGUGGGCAGAAGCUCUGCAGACCCGGGAGACCAAUGGGCAGAAGCUCUGCAGACCCGGGAGACCAAUGGGCAGAAGCUCUGCAGACCCGGGAGACCAAUGGGCAGAAGCUCUGCAGACCCGGGAGACCAAUGGGCAGAAGCUCCGCCCCAGGCAACAAACUUCUUUUUAUCUCAGAUAAUCCUGGAGUCUCUGGCGUUACGUUUACAGAAGGGAUAGUGAGAACUGGGGGUGAUUGUGGGUGUAAUGCCCCAUCCCUUGGCCCCAGGGGCACCCUACUCUGCUCUCUGUGCCUGGGGUAAAUACAACAAAGACUCACGUUGGCCCCUGUUUUGUGGGGUGGUUUUUGCACCAAUAUAUUAUACACGCGUGUGAGUUUGGGGUUACAGAGUUACCCCCCCACAUCUCUCAGCCCCAGGGGACUGUCCCACUCUCUCUGGUCUUGUGAGCGCUGCCCCCCAGUGGCCCCCUAGCUAGUAACACUACAGCGCUGCCCAUUGUGAUAUCUGCCUGCUGCUAUGGGGAGGCCCCGCCCCUGAUUUAACCCCUCUGUCCCUUACCCCCCCCAGCCCCCUUCUCUGUAAUAUACCCUGUGGGAGAAAUGUUAAAUUAAGGUGCCGCUUCUAUUCAGAGUUACAAGAAAUACACAUUUUAACAGAGA